AUGAUUAGAAAAAUAUUCUCUACUUUACCAGUCUCUUUAUAUAAAAAGCUUAAGUUUAAUGUCGGAUUAGAUCACAAUAAGUUUCUUGUUGUUUAGAAAUUUGACAAAAGAAUAGGAAAUUCUACUUUUCUUAACAUCACAAAGUUUGUCUAACCUAGAAAUAAAUCACAGAAUUUGAAGGAUACCUUGAAUCUAUCCAAAAUAGAAGAAAUCCUACGCCAGGAAGAAACCAAUAUAGAACUUUUAAAAGAAUGUAUAUAGUUUGAAAUCCAUGAAAAGGAGACUAAGCCAGUUUUUUAGGAGCAGCAUUCUAAAAAGGCUGAAUAGCUAUAAAAUACUCUAGACUAAGAGACUCUAGAUUUGGUUUCUCUACUCAAUAACUGUGGGUGUGUUUUAGCCAAUCUAGGUCAUUACCAAUUUGCUCUAGAUUUUCAUAAAAGAGCUCUAAAGUUGAAAGAAAAUAUAUAUUCAGAAGAAGAGUAUCAUCCUGAAAUAGCUAUUUCCCUUUCAAAUAUAGCUUCUGUUUAUUACCAUUUAGGAGAGUAUCAUAAAGCUUAAGAAUAUUGUAACAAGGCCAUAACAAUGUAGGAAUAGAUUUACUAAAUGGGAUCUUUAGAUUUAGCUUACUCCCUAAAUUUAAUGGGUAUAAUCUUAUUGGCUGAAAAGAAUUACAGAAAAGGGUUUAAAUUUUAGAGGAGAUCUUUAGAAAUUCACGAAAUUCUUAUCAAAGGAAUGAGUCCAGUUUUAGCUAAUACUUUAUCAAACUUAGGUUUCUCCUACUUUUAAUAUUAAUAAUAUAAAGAUGCUUACUUAUAUUUUGAGAGGUCUAUAAAAAUGAAAGAAAGAUUACUAAUCUAAGAGGAAAAAGAGUUAGCUUUAACUCAUUAUGGAGCAGGUAUUUGUCUUAGAGAAAUGGGACAAGUUAAAAAUGGAGUUAACCAUCUUAAUACUGCCUAUAAAAUGUUUAAUGGAGCUUUUAAGGAAGAAGGAAGAUAUAUACAAAUGAGUUUAUUAGAAUUAGGUAAUACAUAUGCCAAAAUGUAAGACUACUAAAAUGCUUUAACAUAAUACUAAUUAGCCUUAUAAGAAGAAUAUGAAGAUUAAGAUUAAAACAUCUUGUUCUCUUUACACAAAGAAGCAGCCUUAGCUAGCUACUACAUUUAAAAAUAUUAAGACUCUCUUUAACACUCUUAAGAAGCUAAACAAAUUUAACAAUCUGAAUAACCUCUAGAUUAAACAGUUGCUUCAAAAUAUGACUAAGUAAUUAAUUUAACUCUUUUAGCAUUAAGUCAAGAAAGAUAACAAAAACUUUAAGAAUGCAGUUCAACAAUAAAAGAAUUAAUUAAUUUAUAAGAUUAAUUUGAGAUAUAGUAAUCUAAUUCUUUGUAGUUAGAUACUUUAGAUUAAAAUAGUAACAAUAUUAGAUAAAUCCUUGAUAACCAUUUAUAAAAUCUUCUCAGUGCUUAAAAAGUUGCAAUUGAAAAAUCAAAAAUAGUUUUGUGA